CUACGCGCCUCACACCACACAGACAGAGCUCUCGCGAGAGCUGUGCCCGCGGGCCGGCAUGGAGGGGCUGUUCGCGCUGGAGCUGCUGGUGGAGGCGGUGCGGGUGGCGGGGCCGGGACCCGCGGAGCACCCAGCCCCCGCGGAGCACCCAGCCCCCGCGGAGCACCCAGCCCCCGCGGAGCACCCAGCCGUGGCGCUGCGCCUCUUGGAAUUCCCUACCCUGGUGCUGCGCCCCGCCGCCACCGCGCCGCCCCUGCGGCCGGGGCAGCCCUUCCCCUUCGGCCGCGGCAAGCGCUGCCUGUUCCGCUGGCGCAGGGGCUCGCUCAGCGCCGCGCUCCGCCGCCGCCCGCUCCGCGCCCUGCUUCUGGCGCUGCCCGCUGGGCUCGCCCCGGGGCCCCCCCGCCUCCUCGGCAGCUGCGCCGUCCCCCUGGCCCCUGCUGCCGCCGAGCUGCUGCACCGGCCCGGAGCGCCCGCUUCGUGCGGCCGCCGCGGCCGCUUCGCGCUGCGGGACACCGCGGGCCGCCCCGUCGGGGAGCUGGUCCUGGGCUACCGCCUCACCUGCCUGGAGGCCGGCAAGGAGCCGCCCCCGGCAAGCCCCCGCUCUGCCACGCCGUCUGCCACCUCCCCUGAGCCGGGGGACCAAGAAGAGGAGAAGGAGAAGGCGAAUGAGGAGGAGGAGGAGAGUGAGGAGCUGGAAGGCAACGUCUUUUGCCCUCCGCUGCUCUAUUACAGCCGUGAGCCGGCUGAGCCUCAGCGGCACCCAGCAGCGGCUGCCGCGGCGCAAUGGGAGCACGUCGAGGUCAGGAGAUCGCAGGAGAAAGACAAGGGCCAGAGUCCCCCGCGUCCCAGUGCCGGGCCCUCGUUGCUGCACCCCGCCAGCUCUCGACAGCUCCACAACACCCUGGGGCAGCUGCCGCUACUCAGGGCCUUGCUGGCCGAGCUGUCGGUGCUCACCCACAGCGCUGUGCCUGCUGAUGCUGUCCACCCACAUCUUGCCUGGCUUUACCAGGCCCCGGGGAGUGGUGGAAGGGCCUCACGACCUCCCAGCCCCUCGGCUGCCCUCAAGCCUGCAGAGGCACCUGUGAGGCCUGGUGGGAGCAGUGGAGCUGUGAGCCCCCGAUUCAAACAAGGCAGGCAAGAGGCCACCCCACCAGUAUCUUCUGGUGCUGGGAGAGGACCUAAGAAAGCUGUGCUCCAGGGACAGCCAGCUGCUGAAAGGAACUGCAAAGCCAAGGAGAACAGACCUCCCAGAAAGAAAUUGUUGUAUGGGCUGACAAAUACACUGAGGCUACGGCUGCAGCAGACCAACCCCGAUAAGCUGAUAAUUCAUGAAAGGAGGGAGAAGUACAGAAAAAAGCAAAUGGAGAUGCUGAAGGAGAGAAGCCCCUUACUCAACAGAAAGCUGCUCAGAAAUGCCGGAGAACAGCAUGUGGUUUCUUGCAGGCAUUGUAGCAAGAGAGACAGUUCAAAGCAGAAUAAUCAGUUGGAUAAAAUUGUCCAGACUUCAUUAGAAAACAAUGUUCUCUCAGAGUCCAUUUCUGUGACAGUAGAUGUGUCCCCAGACCUGCAGGAACAGACUAUUGCAAGUUUACGGAGGAACGAUGCAAUUGCAAGCAAGGAACAUCCAUAUAAAGUAACUACAACUCCCUUACCAGAGGAAACUGUGUUAAAAUCUGCUCAGGAGGAAAAGUAUGCAAAAGCUCAACUCCUAGCAGCGUUCCCAUCAGACGCUAAUGCAAAGGGAAGUAACGAGGAAGCAAUACACUUAAUCCAUCAUGAAACUACAGAGCAUGAUGACACGUCUGUUAUAAGUGGUCAUAAACCCAGCCUCAGCAGGAGUGUUGAAAACAACUCUGAGUUCAUAUACUCGGAUGACUUUGUUGCUAGUCCUGAAAACACAGUUUAUUCCGAAGAUUUCACCAGUGCUGAGUGUACAGACUCGGAAGCUCUUGACAGCAGUCCUGAACCUCUGUGUCUUGAAAGCCCAAAGCGAGGUGGGUCAGAUACAGAGCCAGAAUCCUGCAGGUCUAGAAUUUCAAAGACAAGUCAAAAAGCUGAAAGUACUUCAGAUCUCGUGCCAGUUCCUUCAGCUUCAUCUCCAGUCCAGUCUUCGAGGAAAAACCGUGACUUUAAAACCAGCAAAAGAACUAGUGCUGAAUCCUCUGACUCACUUAACCUUGCUCAGAUGGAGGCAUCAUUAUUAGAUGAAGAGGAGAAAGCCCAACAGAUCAGUAAGGAAGAGAACAGGGGUGACCAACAUAUUAAACAAAUAUCAACAAGCAAACAAGUUAAAUCUGCUACUGAUCUGAAUAUAGGAAAGGGGCAGACCUCUGCAGAAGAAAAGAAGUCAGUAACUAAAGUUAGCUCUUACUUGCCAUCUAACGUGUCUGAUCUUGAACUUAGUGUCCUGGAAAACAGUAUGUCAGACAAAAAGGAGGAUUUUCUGGAAAAACUACUUGCUCCUAAUCAGUACAAAGACAUUAGUGAACUUGUAAUAAACAAGCUCCCAGGAUACACAAUGUAAUUACAAGUUCUCACUGUCUGGAUUAAGAUAUGAUAUUUAAACUUUAUGAGGCCUGUUACAUGUAGCUGCAAUAUAUACAGGAUAAUUUAAGACUUUAUCAUGCACAUUUAACACAUCAGUGAAUUUAGUUAAGAGGUUUCUAAAAUAAACUACUAUUUGAAUCUCUGACAAAUGGCUCAAGUGGUACCUACAGCCUGACUUAAGUAUCUUAACACAAAAGUAAUCCAAACAGCACAGGAAACAUAACUUAUUGUCAAAGCAGAGAUGAAGACAGAAGCAGCAAAAGCAGUCAGUACCCACAAAACUUGGCCAGGGUAGAAGUUAUGCAUUGCUACAGAAACAGCCAAGUACAAAAUUCCUUCUUAACCAAAUGAAUGACAGUACCUCUCCUAUUUAAAGUAUGAACAUCUGUGAGGAUUAUUCAAGUAUCUAGUGUUGACUUCUGAGAACACCACUACUAAUAUUUUUAAUCUAAAGGUAAGCAGCUGAAAUUACCCAUAUAUCAAAGGAAUCUCUGGCCAGAGCAACUCUUUUAUGUUAUUUAGGGUGUCUCUUUCAUCAGUUACAAUUCUAGACCAAAAUAUUAUUUUUCCUUUUUCUUCCAAUGCCAUGGACUUCUUUGAUACACAUGGAUUCAGCCUGUCAUUUUUAGAUGGCAGUAACUCUGAUUUUUUUGAUGGAAUAAUGUCUUGCACUUCUUAUGGGCAAAACUGUCAUUAAAAUACAAUGCUGACCAACUAUGUGUGGCUAUUUAAAUGAGUUGCUAACACUACAAGUCCAUGAUUUGAACAACAUUAUUUAAGAAAAGUUUAUUUUAAAAAUAAAAGUUUAUUUUCAACUCCAAAUGGGUUGAAACUGAAGGGCAAAUUUCCAGUCCUUUUUCUAUCCCCUAUCCCAUCUUCACUUUUCAAUUUCCUGAAGCAAAUAUGGUAGGAACAAUAUUUCUUUUGUUUAAAUAAUGAAACUAUUCUCAGCUUAUUUUAUUUGGGAUAACAUUUCUAAUGUUUACUGUGUAAUAGCAUUUAUAAUUUUAUUGGGAGAAUGAUGAAAAUGCAUCCUAGGAAGACAACAGGAGACAUUACACAAGAACAGAACUGCAGCAUCGUGCUUACAUGUUUUAGUUUGUUUUUUUAUUUUCAAAUAUAGACUCCAGGUAGUUAGUAUUGCAUGGAGAGGUUAGCAGAUGGUUUCUACCAUCAGGGAUAAUAAUCUUUUCAGAUAUUAUCUAUGUUGUUGUGAGAGUAAAUGAAUUUUUACUCAACAUUCAAACAGCAACUCUCAGUCAACAAAAGUGCAAAAGAACUUUUCAUCACUGAUUUAUUAUUGAAAACUCAUAAACUAAUAUAUUGGCAAGACAUAUCUGCUAAAGACAAGAGGUUUCUAUAUGUCAGCCCAACAUAACAAAACAGAUAUGUUUGCUAUCAGUACAAAAUAAGAAAAAAUUGGCAGCAACAAAUUCCAUUUUGUACAAAUCGUGUAGUAAUCUGCACUCAGCAACAUUAUACUAGCUAGCCAAUUUUAUCAUUAUAACUUGCAUCCUGUACCCCCAUUAUCAGGUUGUUAACAUCAGAGGCUUAAUAAGAGAUUUCUCUAAUGGAAGUAUUGUACCAUUCUUUCAUAAAGAUAUAAUUUCUAACCUGUGAGGGCUAAAUUUCAUAGAUCAUGUUUGUGCAGGGGACAUGGCAAUAUGCUGGGAGAAGCAAAUAAUAGUAGCAUAUACUCCACAGGUCUUGCACAACCAUCCCAGAAGUAGCAUAAAUAUUUAAGAAUACAUGGUCUCAUUGACUCAUUACCUCUAAAAAUUUCCUUGCUCCACACCAUUAAACAGUAAACUAUGAUUACUUCAAGUUUUAUAUUGUUGUAAACUUUAAAACUUUAAACUUUACUAUAGAGAAAUUAAAAUGUGAGAAGUAAUUACUUAAUAUUGAUCCUCACUAAGCAAAGCCAUCUAACUUCUUCCUUUAGACUUGUUACUUUAGCAACAUUGCUCUGAAUCUGUACAAUAUUCUAGAAAUAAGGUAGGUGGGUGGUCAAAACCAUAAUUUUGUUGCUUAAGUUAAGGGUUGUUAAAUCAUAUAAAACUAAACUUCAUGUUUUACAGCAAGACCCAAAAUGAGAAAUAAACUCAUGCAUACACAUAUUAAUUCAGAAUUUAUGACCCUAAAACAAGUCUUCUAUGACUGUUUUUUAAACAGUUAUUUCAGUGUCCUAUUUAUUAAAAUGAAUUUCGAUAGCCAGCACUGUAUAACUGAUGGUGCAAUGAGAAGAGCAGGAUACCAAACACUGAUGGUUUCUGCCGCUUUACCCCUUCUAUUGUAACCUUCCUCCUGCUGCCAAGUACUUCUCAGUCUUAACACUCGGUGACUAAGAACAGUGUUCAAAAGGCCCAGCUAGGCAUGUUUCCUCCAUUUCUUUAUUCCUCAGCUCUCAGUACUCUGAUUAGAUGACACAAUUUCUUUUCUGUUUGUGAUUUCUCUGGUGAUAGUUCCUACUGCCUAUUUUACUAUUUGUAAUCCCUUCAUCAUUUUGAAAGUCCUUUUCCUCAGUUUCCUGAAGUUACAUCCAGGCUUGGUAACUGUGCGACUGAACUUUUGACUCAUUCUUACUGCUUUCAUUUUUCUAGGUUCCAGUAUUUUAUGAUGCCUGGUAUUGUAAUAAUUUUGUUUCUCUUUGUAUAAGUGCUGCUCAGAGUUAGAUGCUGAUUGUUAUUUAGAAAUCUUUGGGACUUUGCUUUCCUUGUCUCAUCAUUUGUCACCAUUUUAAUACUUGCUUAGCUUUUAUUGUCUAGAAAGAAGUCAAAUCAUUGAAUCUCAUAUUCACAUCCUUAAAAGGUUUUGUUGACUUCUAGGUGCAGGACCUUCACCAGCUCCUAUGUAACACCACUCACUCGGAGCUGCAGAAAAAACAGGACUGUGAACAUUUGCCCAUGGUUAUCAGACAUCAGGUUUCUCUAGCUCUACCAAACCCUGCCAUUAAUCCUUUUCUAAAGUUUUGAUUUCCAAAUUAAUCUUUCUUUUAAGAUGACUGAGGCCAUAUCUGCAAGAACAGAUGCUGGCUUUAAUUUAACAUGCAUUUAGAGCUAACGGCACUCACAUCUGCUAUAGCUAAGGUUUGCUACCAGCUGGCUACUUGCAUAUUCUGUCCUCGCUUUCAGUCAGUAUACUGCUCGAUUUUAAUUUCAGUUUUGUUCACAUUCAGGUUCUUCCCUCAUUUUAAAUUCCUUGUAUGCAUGCAGUUCUGUUGUGUUGAAGUCACCCAGACAAGCUGCAACUUCACUGCCUUUUUCUUGUUUGGCAUUGACAUUUACCUGUAUUAAACUGUUUUUUGUUUUGGCUUGGCUUUUAUGGUUUCACUUGCCUGAAUUUUAUAUGACAACUGCAAUGUAAACCUCCCCGGACUUCACGGAAUUGUUUGCAUUUUCCCAGAAGGGUAGUCAGUGUUCUCUAUUGUUUUCUAGAGGAUGAAUUUGAAUGUCUCAUGCCGGAGAAAACAGUAUUAAUCUUCAAUCCUGCGGAGACCUCUGCAAGUGAUUCAUUUACCGCUUGUUUAAAAUAAAAUGGCUUCGCAGAGGAAUGUUUAAAUAACAUUUGAAAUACACAUUACUCCUAACUCAGUGAACAUUUAAAGGAUUGAUUCAGGUACAGUUUAUACAAAAACCCCUAGCCAAACAAGCCCACCCUACCUCCUCAAACAACAGAAAAAACCCACAAAACUAAAAUGUUAAUUAGAAAUAUUCAGAUGUCUAUUAUAUAUAUUUAUUCUAAUCAUAGACAUUUUACAAACAUUCUGGAUGAUAGCCUAUAAAUUUUCAUCCAUGCCUUCACGUUCUUUAUGUAUCAAUUAACAGUAGGUAGCUUGGUUUUUUAAUGGAAGUAAAGGUAUUUAAAUUAUCAAAUCCCCUGAAAUUCCAUGAGAAUUAGUCACCUCAAAAAAGGUUGCAGAAUGGAAACCCAUGCAGAGGACUCUAACCAUAUUAUCUCUUGGAAUGCAAAAGUGUUUUUGAAAGUAGAUAAGUCAUGCCUCAACAAAUAUUUUCAGAGGCAUUUGGAAAGUUUAGUGGUAUCAUGAUUGAAAGAAACUCCCUUGGUGUCAAUGAAAUUCCAGCUCUUUUUCUCUUGUCUUUAACUGUUUGCAGAUUCAGUAUUUUUCUGUCUCUUAUGCUUAUGUACUAAGAAUAUAUAACCUUUGACUCUUCUCUAAGUUUCAAUGCCAACAGGAUAUCCAGAACCAUAUUUCAGGGACAUCUCCCACUGCCUGCCCUGUUGUGCCUUUCAUCUUGAUGCCUUGCCUGUUCCAGCUUCUUCUCAUCACGUAUUUCAUGCCAUCUUUAGAAUUCAUCUUGCCCUACUUAUCAUUCAGGAAAACUCCAGACACUUCUCAGACACCUUCACUGAUUUGUUCUCAUCUUUGAUAUGAAAUUAAAGUUCUGCCCGUUGUCUGCUGGGCUCUGCAUGGUUUAUCCCCUUCCUGCUUCUAUGAACCUUAGUUUCCUACUCUCUACCCAUUUCUAUGUAAUUCUAACUUCACCCAUCUUCAAACAAAAAAUCUAGAAAUUGCUGUACAUCUCUGUUUCCUUCCUUCAUGUCACUCCUGCUCUUUCUGCCUGUGGGUAACUGUAUUGCCUAGAGUUCUUGUCCACAGGAAUAUGCCAGACAUAAAAUUUAAGACAGAAACCAUCAGAUCAUGGUCUGACCUUCUCUACAUUGCAGUCCUUAACAUUUCUUAUGCUUACUCCUGAUUGCUGGUGUCAACACUGGGAUAAGACUAAGCUAAUAAUAAUGCUGAUCAAAAUUUAAUGUCAUAUGUAGUGAAGGAAACUCUUCAGGAUACACGGUCAAACCUUGCUAAUAUCGAACACAAUAUGAGGGGAACUGAUAUAACAUGGGAUGCAGUUUUAAUUUUCUUAUCCACAACUCUAACAAGACUCAGCAAAAGAAUUAUUGUAGGCAAGAGAAUCUGUUUGUUAGCAGCCUUUUGAUUGUUGCAGGUCUCUCAUCUCCUGCUGCUUCUGUAAUGCUACUCUACAGCCCUCCAGACACUGUGCAUUUUUAUUUGUACAGUGGAAUAGAUGCAUAGGUUUUCUUCAAAACAAGCAUCCAACCAGUUGUUCAGGGACCUUCAACAGAAAGGCAAGACCCCAAACUCAAGGUACUUCAGUACAUUUCCUACAUACCCAUUCAAAGCCUUUUAUCAAUAGGAAAUUUGGUUAAUUUUCAAUAAGACCAGCAGAUUCACUGACUUGCUGCUUCCCUGGUAUUCAUCACUGUUACAACACCACUUUUUAACUGCAUUUUUUUUUGCAAAUUUUUAGCUGUUGAUUAAAAUCUGUCACAUCACA